AUGGUCGACAAGGACGCCAAUAAUGAACUUGAUAAUAUAUCACUUGUGUCCGAACAAGUGACUAAUGGAGAAAAUGGCGAAUUGAAUAUUGAAGCACUGGAAUCUACCGUUGGAUCAAACGGCGCAGUCGCUGACCACGAGGAAUCUGAGACUAAUAAUCGAACAGUAGAUAAUACGGAAAAUGAUACAUUGGAUAGGGAUAAAUCAGACGUCCAACCGAAGCAUAGCUCACAACAAAGAGAAGCAGACUACUCGCUGGAUGCUUUCCCUGUGAAGAUAGAGGAUGAACUGGUUAAUGGUAAAACUUCAGGGCCUGAUGAAAAUAAAGAUACAGCGUCACGGAAAUCAAUGGAUGGAAUAUUGAACUUGUCAGAGAAUAAUUUGGAUGCACCUAAACCAGAGGAAUUAAAUCCAAGCUUACACAGCUUGAUGACUGCGUGUCAACAGGGUGAUUUAACUAAAGUUAGUGAAUUAAUUUCUAAAGGAGAAGUCAAAGCAAACGAUACGUUUAGUGAUGGCAUUACUGCUUUGCAUUGGGCAGCAAUAAAUAAUAGAUUGACUAUAGUUAAAUACUUAGUUGAAAAUGAUCACUCUAAAGCAGAUCCAAAUUUAUUAGGAGGUGAAUUGAAGGCAUCACCAUUACAUUGGGCGUGUCGUAAUGGAUUAGUGUACAUUGUUGACUAUUUUAUUGUCCAUACAGAUGCAGAUCCAACAUUGAGGGAUUCCCAGUCGUAUAAUGCAUUGCAUUUAGCAGUUCAUAGCUCAAACAUCACGUUAAUUAUUUAUCUCCUACUCAGUUGUUGCGGAUCAACUUCCUCGUCUAAACAGCUAUAUGUGGAUGAAUCAGACAAUUGUGAUCGUACAAGUUUGCAUUGGGCUGCGUACCAGGGAGACUUAUUAACUAUUAAUGCAUUAUUGAAAUUUGGUGCAGAUGUUUCAAAGAUUGAUAAGAAUUUAUUUAUUCCUUUACACUGGGCAUUUAUGAAAGGUUAUAAGACUGUUUUAAAGGUUUUAGCCGGCGCAGGGUCUAAUAUAUUUGCGAAAAACGAUCAGGGUAAGGAUUCGUUUGAGGUUGCAAAAGAUAUGAAUUGCUAUGAUACUUGGAUAAAAGUGUUGAAAGAAUGUGGUCGGAAUCCCAAAAAUAAUUGGGAAAUGAAAACUAUCCAUUUGAAUCCAAAAAUUGGCAAGUUAGUAACGUUUUUCACCCCAUAUGUUAUUUUACCCUUGAUGUUCCAAAUCUGUUCUUUUUAUAACGGGUUUGUGAUUCCUAAAUUAUUUUUUUCAGUGAUCUUAUUUGCUGGAUCAAUUUAUAUCUUGCAAAAGUUUGUUAUACCAACUUACUUAUCAGAAGAAAAGGCAGUACCAAAAUCUCCGCUAUUGGCAGGGAUUUUUUCAGGUACUGCUUUUUGGUGCAUUGUAACUUGGGCUUUCAAUAUAAUACCCACCCUUCUUUUUAAGAAAUUCAUUUCCAAUCUAGUUUUGACUGCUAUCAUAUAUUUAUUUAUCUGGUCUUUCUUUAAAGCAAUGUUUAUUAACCCUGGAUAUGUUCCUGUUCCAAGUGAUAAUAGUGUUACGCUUGAUCAAGUGAAAGAUUUAAUUAAGGUUGGGAGAUUUGAUACUGAUAAUUUCUGUGUUAACACCUUUGUUCGUAAGCCAUUAAGAUCAAAAUAUUCCAGAUUUAAUAAGAAGUUGAUCGCUAGAUUUGACCAUUACUGUCCAUGGGUAUAUAAUGAUAUAGGCGUGAGAAAUCACAAGUUAUUCGUGGUAUUUGUUUACUCUUUGAACUUGGCAGUUCUUCUUUUUACACAUCUAUCAAUUAAACUAUUCAAAAAUACAGAAAAGAUGGGUGGGUAUGAUAGUGAUGAUGAAUCUCAGAAGUGUUGGUUAUUAUCAGAUGAAUUAUGCGUGGGCUAUAAAUCUCAUCAUUUUCAAUUUAAUUUAAUGGUUUGGUGCUUAAUACAAUAUAUUUGGAUAGCCUUUCUUUGUUUGGUACAAACAUUUCAAAUUUUGAAAGGCUUAACAACCUGGGAAUUUAGCUCAUUAAAUAAUAGGUUACAGACUCAUAAUGGUUACAACCAUUCUACUUUACCAAAAGACUUUGAUUUGACAUCAUCUAAUACCAAUAGAUAUAACUCUCCUAAGCAAAGUAAUGGCUUUAGUAUAUGCUUGAAAUUAAUUGGUUUAGAUCAAGUUGUAUUAGCUAUAAAGUUAGGGGUAAAAUCAAUCUUUUCGCAUACAUCGAGUGUUGAAACCUAUGAUCCACUAAAUGAAUUUGAAAUUCCAACUGAUUAUGGGUUUAGGACAAAUUGGCUAGAUUUUUGGUUCAUUGGUGACAUUGAGUGGAGAAACAUAUUUUAUUUACCUAUAGAGGGUGAGAAUAAUUUAAAUCGAACGGUCGUUGACUACUACAAACUAUAUGAAUACCCUCCAAAACUAGCAGAUGUGAAUGCUUGA